AUGAGAGAGGAGGAAUUGUCCAAGCACAUCGGGGAAUGUAGCAAGGACCUGCUGUUUUGCAAUUAUUGUGAUUUCAAUUCCACAACGUCCAAAAACUUGAGAAGGCAUCUCAAAAGGAAACAUGACAUUGGGGAAGAAAGAGGCGGCAAGCAAGAUGUAGUCCAAAAGGAAAGUUCCGGGGAGGUGUUGUCAGAAAGUGAAUCUUGGGUCGGCCAAGAUCAUGGAGAUCUUCGAGGGGUGUUCCCGGAGGAUAUAAGUGAAAGUGAGAGUGCAGAUGAAACAGGCGCAGAUAAGGAAGAGAAGGAACUUCUGUGUAGUGAUGACUCCAGGAGAGAAGAAGAGGCCACACCUUCUGAUCCAGAAAAACAACAACAUGAACACAAAGAGUCUCAAACUGAGCCAGUGUACUUCACAGAGAGUAUUAAAGUAAUCACCAAGUGGGUUGAAGAUGGAAAGCAGAUUAAGAAGAUUGAAAAGAAGAAAUUACUUUAA